GCGGAAGGGGCGGGGGCUCCCAGGCUCCCAGGCGGGGCCUCCGCUGAAGGUGCGGAGCUCAGGGUGCCGAGAGCGCGGAGUAGAGCAGCGCCCACUGGGGAGAAGUGGGAGACAAGGAUCGCGCCGUCCUAGCCCGCCUGCCAGCGUCCACGCGUCUCCUGCAUCUUUACCCCUUCCCGGCCCUUGCCGGACGCGACUGGCGGCCAUGCAGCCCCGGGGUUGAGGCGGCCCCAUGGCGAAGCUCGCGUCCCCGCGGUCCUGGCAACGACGGCGCAUGGAGAACUUCCGUAAGGUGCGCUCCGAGGAGGCGCCGGUGGGGGGCGGGGCCGAUGGGGGCGGCCCGGGCUCUGGCCCCUUCGCGGACCUGGCGCCGGGAGCGGUGCACAUGCGGGUCAAAGAGGGCAGCAAGAUCCGGAACCUGCUGGCCUUCGCCACCGCCAGCAUGGCGCAGCCAGCCACGCGCGCCAUCGUCUUCAGCGGCUGCGGUCGGGCCACCACCAAGACCGUCACGUGCGCGGAGAUCCUCAAGCGCCGCCUGGCGGGCCUGCACCAGGUCACGCGGCUGCGCUACCGGAGUGUGCGCGAGGUGUGGCAGAGCCAGCCACCUGGGCCCUCGCCGAGUCAGAAGCCUGGCGACCCAGCUACCAGUCUCAGUGUAGUUAAGAACGUGCCCAGCCUCGCCAUCCUACUUUCCAAGGAUGCACUGGAUCCGCGCCAACCGGGCUACCAGCCCCCUAACCCCCAUGCUGGCCCCUCUUCCCAGCCAUCCGCGCCCACAUCCAAGAGGAGCCUAGGGGAACCUGCGGCUGGAGAAGGCUCCGCGAAGCGAUCACAACCUGAGCCAGGUGCCGCGCAAGAGGACUAGACAGCCUGAGAAUUCCCGGCUCUGGGCCACCUAGAUGGACCUUGAGACGCACCUUCAGCCUUUCAGGCCUCGGUACUCUGGAGCCCACAACCUGGACACAACUCCUCAGACUGGCAGCAUGGACCCCAAGGCGACAAGAGAGGGACCCCAAGGAAGCUUCCUGGGCUGGUUGCUCCUCCACCUGUGUUGCCUGAAGACGCAGAACUCCACCUUCAGCUUUUUUGAGCCAUACUGGGACCUUCUUCAGGAGGGAAUGGUGGGCAGGGGGACUCGAGCCUUGCUCAGGGACCCCGAGGGUUAAAGGUACCCAGCAUUCAGGUGGGGGCCUCUGAGUGUGGAAGCCCAGGAGAGCUCUUGUAAUCACCCCCACCACUAGCAGCAGAGGGCAAGGGCUGAGAAACUGCUUGAGGAGAGGGGAGUCUGAGUUGUGGGGGGGCCCUAUUCUGCCCCUCGCUCCAGAACACAGUUCCCUUUCUAGUUUUCCUUCCUCUACUUUUAAGGAGCAUCCUGAAAUCGUGGCAGGGGCAUCUCCAUGGCCUCUAGCUCUUUUAACAAGCCCCCUACCCCCGGCUGGCUCAGAGGGAGAGACCCAGGACAGAAGUCUCCAUGCCUGCUCCCCUGAGCCCCACAGCUAGAGUCUUGCUUCCAAUAAAACAAAUGCAAAAAUGGCUCUUUCCCCAGGUUUUUUCCUAACCACUGUGCAGAGACUGCUCCGGCCUGCCCCCUUGUGUCUCAGUCCUCUCCAGCUUGGAAUCCUUAGCUUUUGGUGUCUUCAGGGUCAGGCACAAAGAUUGGAGAGCUUCAAAAUGGUGCAAGGGACACGUUGGCUGGUUCCUGGCUUUUCCCUAUCUCCCAGCCCUUGCUGGCUGGUUCUAGCCUCAGGGGCUUGUGGCCCAAAGGGUGCCUUUGUCCCCUUGUGCACUACCUCUAAGGGAAAUGGAGCAGCACAUUGCUUUUCUGGGAGGGGAAGGAAGCCGAGCAUUGAUGAACUCUGCUGAGGGUCACUGUCAAGGGUGGCAGACCCCACUGGGGUCCCUAAACCUGCAGCCUCCUGCCAAUAGACAGCCUUAUUCAGAAGGCUGGCACAACCCCACCCCCUGAGCCCCAUGGUAGGAUCUCCCCUUCACUGCUUUCUUUCAGAAAGGACAGCACACCCUUGGAGAGGGGAGGAGAGAGACUGAGCACAAAUCCACUGCUGGAAAUUACUAUUCAGCAGAGAAGCUGGGACUUGGGCUGUGAAUCACUGCAGGCUCCCUGAUAAGCUGCUGCCUGCAGCCCUGCACAGCUGUCUGUGGAAAGAUAACAGCCUCAUAAGCCUCGCUGCCCAGCUCCAAGUCAACUGGGGGGAGUAGGGGGAAGUGCUGUGUGCUGGAAGAACUCUAGCGAGUGAAGGAGGGGCACAUAGCUCCAGGAUCUCAGAAGCAGAGCCCACCCCAUGCAACUCGACAGCACCCCUGGAAAGGAGAUAGGGAAAAAUGUAAGUCACUUUGCUGGCAGAACCCUGAAAUAAAUUCUGCUGGUGACAAGAGUAGGUUUCUGCAGCUGACAGGAGGGGCCCUUCAGGGAGUUGUCCCCCACCCCCUUGUCUGCUUAAGCUUUUGAUCAGUGAGCCCUGUCAUCCAGAAUCUGACACUGAUCAUGCUCCUCAAUUUCUUGUUCUUGAUGAGUCCCUGGGGAGAACCAAGGGUUUUUGAGUGUGCUUCUCUGACCCUCGCAGGGGCAGCCCAAGAAGAAUAAAGAGAAUGUAAACUCUUCGGACAAGUAACGUGCUCUGGGCCUGUCCUGGGUUUCCAUAUGUAAAGUAAAUGAUAAAACUUGGAAGAGGUCCUGCAUGGUAGAAGCUUAAAGGAGACUGGUCUUGAUUCUGGAAAAGGGCCAACCUUCCAAGGCCGUUAGUGUCUGAAGUCCUGAUUGCUGGUUCACGAGGACUAUGCAGGCAGAGGCUUUCCCUUGAUGGCUUGAGUCAGACAUCAGAGGAAAUGCCUCAUCACAACUGCUCCAGGAUGAAGGCUCUGGGCUGCAACAGGAAGCCCAUAGGCUGAUGGACUAGUGAUGAUGAUCCGUGAGGCAUCUGAAGUCCAGCUACUGCUUCUCCAGAGGGACAGAAAAGCAUUUCGGGGCAGAAGAUGGUAAGAAGAGACAAAAGACCUUGAUGGCCUUGGGCAAGAUCCAGGAUGUCUGGUCUGAACUCAUCAGGGAGGGAACACCCACCAGAAGCAGCAGAAUGGCCUGGAGGUUGGGGCCACAACUGGAGGCAGACCUGGGAACAAGCAGUGGCCCCCGUAAGUGAUGUGGUAGGGGGGAUUCAGAGAUGGUCUCCAGGAUUCAUGCCCCCUGGUGUACAUGUCUUGUAUAAUCAGGGCGGAAUCUGUGAAUUUGAUGGGAUAUCAUUCCCAAGAUUAGGCUACUAAUCCAUUUACUUUGAGUCAAUCAGAAGAGAGGUUACCUUGGAUAUGCCUGAUCUGUGCCUGAUCAGAUGAAGUCUUUAAAAGGGUGAAGUGUCAUAGAGACACUCUCCUGCUAGCUUGAAGAAAUAAGCUGUGGGAUUGUGAGAGGGCCUAUGGAGGGGGCCAUGUGGUAAGGCCCAGGAGGUGGCCUCUAGGAUCUGAGAGUGGUCCUUGACUAACAGCUAGCAAGAAAAAAUGGGGACUCAGUCCUACAACGGCAAAGAACUGAAUUCUGCCAGCAACCUGAACAAGCUUGGAAGAGGACUUUGAGCUCCAGAUGAGACCACAGACCUGGCCAACAUCUUGAUUUCAGUCUUGUGAGACCCUGAGUAGAGAACCAGUAGAGUCCAUGCGUGAACUUCUGACCUGCAGACACUGAGAAAUAAUAAAUGAGUGUUGUUUUAGGUU